ACUUUUUGUCGCGCAGAUCUAGGGACCGGCGUUUCGGGGCCGCGUUUUGCGUUCCACGAAGAGGAAGAGGAGGGCGAUGGAUUACCAGAACAAGCUCGUUCUCGCUCCCAUGGUCCGAGUGGGAACGCUGUCUUUCAGGAUGUUGGUGGCGGAGUAUGGUGCAGAUAUUACAUACGGCGAAGAGAUUAUCGAUCAUAAGCUUCUGAGAUGCGAACGCAGAAUUAACGGUGCUGUUGGCACGACGGAGUUUGUGGAAAAAGGGACAGAUAACGUUGUCUUUAGUACAUGUGAGCAAGAAAGGAAUAGGGUAGUGUUCCAAAUGGGGACUUCUGAUGCUGUUAGGGGUCUGAAGGCUGCUCAGAUGGUGUGCAAAGACGUUGCAGUUGUUGAUAUCAAUAUGGGUUGCCCCAAGACAUUCUCUAUUCAAGGAGGAAUGGGUGCUGCUUUGUUAAGUAAACCCGAGCUAAUUCAUGAUAUUUUGACAACACUUAGAAGGAAUUUAGACAUACCGAUAACAUGCAAGAUUCGACUUUUAAAAUCACCGGCAGAUACUGUUGAAUUGGCAAGGAGAAUCGAGAAAAGUGGCGUACCAGCUCUUGCUGUACAUGGGAGGAAAGUUUCAGACAGACCACGAGAUCCUGCUAAGUGGAAUGAGAUAGAAGAUGUGGUUGCUGCAUUGUCCAUUCCAGUCAUUGCAAAUGGCGAUGUUUUUGAAUAUGAUGACUUUUCUCGCAUCAAAACUGCAACGGGCGCUGCAUCGGUGAUGGUUGCCAGAGGAGCUAUGUGGAAUGCAUCAAUUUUCUCCCCGAAAGAAAAGCUACACUGGGAAGAUGUGAAAAGGGAAUACGUUAGAAAGAGCAUCUUGUGGGAUAACGAUCUUAAGAGUACAAAACACACGUUAAAGGAGAUGAUAAUGCAUCAUUCUUGUCUUGAACUUCCUGAAGGAAAGGCCAUCAACAGAUCAGACACCUUGGAAGAUCUGGCGCGACUUUACGACUUGGAAGAUUACUACAGGACAGUGGUCAAGAACCGUCCUCUUCUGAUCCACCCACUUAGCUCUCAUUCUUUGUAACCUUACUUAGAAGGAUCUUUGUUUUUGCAUUAUGAAUGGUACCAUUUUUCUCUACUCGAAAUCUCUGUUGUAUUUUGUCAUUUAAUGUCUUUGAACUGCUGGGAGCUACAAGAGAUUUUAACCACAUAUACAAGAGGGCUGGAUAAUUUUAAGGGGUAGAUUCUUAA